AUGGGGGAGCUUAAUCUAUACAUAUUAACCUCAAACUGCGCCCGCUCAUUAGUGGAUGAUGCGUUCGGAGCCCAUAUUUUCGACCCACUGGGACCAGAUGCGCUUGCCCCAGACUUGAUAGUGCUCUCCCUACAAGAGAUAGCACCCAUCGCCUAUUCAUUUAUAGGCGGCACAUAUCUGGCACCUUAUUUCGACGCGUUUGUCAGGGCAGUGAAGAGUGCGACCGUGAAACGAUGGAACGAGUCUUACGUGAACGUGGUCCAGGAAAAUACCGGAAUGACUGGCUUGAUGGUGUUUGCCAAGCCCGAUGCUGCCAACAAGAUCUCCCAGGUGAAGACUGGCCAUGUAAGCUGCGGAUUCAACGGGCUCGGUAACAAGGGAGCUGUUGGAGCGCGUCUUUGCUAUGCGACUGCAGACCACUCAUCCGAGACCGUCAGCUUGACCUUCGUGGCAGCGCAUCUGGCUCCUAUGGAAGAAGCCCUCGCCCAACGCAACCGGGACUGGCAGACUAUUGUCGAGGGACUUGUUUUCACCAAUGCAGACACAACCCCAGAGAUCCCCCCUGGCAAGCAGGCGGGCUCUGACGAAAGCACAGCUCUAUUAGGGGACCAGGACCAGCAGGCGGACAAUGCAGAAAGCAGCUCGAGCCACCUCUUUGCACCAAACUCCUACCUCUUCCUGGCGGGAGACUUGAAUUACCGCACAUCUGACACCAGUCCCUCUCAAGACGAUGUCACUCGCUUCCCUCGCCGUGAUGCCAGCCCCGAGGAUGCAACCCACUUCUCCCACCUCCUCAAGCACGACCAGCUGGCCCGCGAGAUGCGGGAAGGCAGAACCUUCCACGGGCUCUCCGAAGCCCCAAUCCACUUCCCGCCUACAUACAAGUACUCCAGCGCGGCGAGCGAGGCUGCGCGUGUGAGUCUUGCCAACGGGCGCUCAGAGACCGAGUGGAUAUGGUCGAGUCAUCGGUGGCCAAGCUGGUGUGACCGCAUCCUGUACCUGGACCGCGCCUCGCAGAGCGGGGACAGCUGGGUUAAACCCCGUGCAUACGACGCCCUGCCUCUCUUCCCGCAUUCAGAUCACCGUCCCGUUGCGCUAGCGGUGUCUGUUCCUUUACGAUCUACAGAUACCCCCUCAGGGCCUGAGACGGUGGUGGCUCCAUUUGCAAUUGAUCCGAGCUGGCGGUCUCGCCGGGACGCGGCUCGACGGAAAGAGCUAGUUGUGGGUAUUCUGGCGUACUUGGGCCUGACAAGGGAGGGUAAUGGACUGGUGCUUGCAUCGACGCUGGGGAUUGUCGGCGCAUGGGUGGUGCUGAGAUCGCUGUGGCUCGGUUGA